AUGACGGAGCCAGACCGUUCUCCGACGCCACCAAUGAGUUCCUUCUUGACCAAGCCGAGCAGGGCCGGCUAUAGAUUCGGCGUUAAGACCACAACAAGGAUCCCAGCAAAUGUUGUAUCGGGCCCCUACUUUGGAGAAAUGGACUUUGAGAGACAGCUGCAAGAUACAAGGACUACGCCAAAUAUGAUUGAGGUGCGAUAUGUUGACGGUCAUAUAGAAGUCAGCGGAGAGAAGUCAAUUCGUUGGACGGUGAAUGUCCACGCAGCACGCGAUCGCCACGAGCAGAAUCUUGAGUUAGUGAAGGACGCACGUGGCCGGCUAUUCUUGUGGACAGUCCGGGCCGUACAGGAGGGUGAACCUUUGCUCCUCUGGUAUGGAGAUGAAUUGGCCAGAGACAUGGGCAUCCCCGUCCUGACGCCCGGCAACAUACAAGGUGACCAACACUACGUCUGUUCGCGCUGUCUCAAGCAUUACCAGUACCCGAACACUUUGAAAGCACACAUCCGAUUUCGGUGUCCGAGGAGGAGAGACUUGGCCGUCGGAACGACAAGAAUGCCAGACCGGUUCAGAGAGAUGUUUUCAUUCAAUUACAAUCCGAUAAGACGCGUGGGGAUCACCAAAGGUAUUAAACGGGAAACGAGUGACCCCGCCUCACCACGACCUCUAGCUUCCACCAGUCCAACCGGACCAAAGGAUUUGAGCAUCGGUAGUGGGACGAAGUCCGCAUUCAAGCCGCACAGCCGUGAAGCAACGAUAGCCAAGGCCACGAUGGUGCUAUCAAAAAGCCCCAGGAUCAGUCCGAUUAAACUAGCCGGAACCACGCCCAGCCCGUUGCCGCUUGAUAUGUCCGAAAUGAAGUCAGCUUCUCCAGAAACACCAGUCACAACCAGAGCUUCCAUCCCACCGAGUGCUCAACCGAUCCAGAUAUUUAAUCACAUACACGCACCUCCCAUAGCUUUACCAAUGGACAAUCCAGCAUUCAGGUAUUACUACCCUUUUUACUCGAGUUUCGGUGCAGCGGCUCGGUAUUGUCUGCCGCUACCAUCAGCAGCUUGUGGGAAUUACGUGGACUCCUUGGAGCACCCUUUCAUGUAUCCUUAUAUUAGUGGACUCUCAAAGACUCUUCCGAGCGUUGCACACAGCAAAGCGACUGAACACACGUCAACAAUUUCUCAUCCGACUCGUGAGGAAACAUGCGUCCGGGACACUGGUCGCAUCAGCCCGUACAAAUUCCCGUUGCCGUCCGACAUAGCCGGCGAACCGCUAGAUCUCAUACCCAGGUCACUCUAUCUCAGCAAGUCACGAAAAGGACACUUGUGUAUCUACUGCGGUAAACUUUAUUCACGGAAAUACGGACUUAAAAUCCACUUGCGCACGCAUACUGGUUACAAACCCUUGAAAUGCAAAGUGUGCCUUCGUCCCUUCGGAGAUCCAAGCAACUUGAACAAACAUAUCCGCCUACACGCGGAAGGAGACACGCCUUAUAGAUGUGAGCACUGCGGCAAGGUGCUAGUCCGGCGGAGGGAUUUGGAGAGACACGUCAAGUCACGUCAUCCAAGUGAAGCCGAAAAAAUGGAGAAAACGCGCGAAAUUACGCCGGAGAAAAGCAUUGAUCAAGAUGGAAAGAUUGAGGACGAUUCGGACAUUGAAAGAGACAUAGAUAUUGAGGAGGACUGAAUAGGGAUAUUACCAUUAAAUACUGUAUACCAACUAUCAAUAAGUAUACAUUCAUAUCGGGUAAGUAAGAAAUU